AUGAUCACAGCCGCAUUUGCUAUAUUUGGCAACGACAACAACAACAAUAAUAGUAAUAGAAAUAAUAAUAGUAAUAAUAAGUUGAUUAGUUUAUCAACGAGUAAAAAUAACAAUAAUGAUCAUAUUGUUGAGUCGAUUAGUUCUACACCUACAACAACAACAACAACAACAACAACAACAACAACAACAUCAAUGCAUUCUGAUCAUCCAACAACUAUUAAUGAUAUAUCAGGUGUAGAUGAUGUUAUUUUUAUAUUCAUGAGAGAUGGUAUCAUAUCAUUUACCUUUUUGUUACUUCUUUUCAUCAUGUCUCAUUUUAUCAUAAGAAGAUUCAUUCGAAAGAAGGAUGUCUAUAAAAAGGUUUAUCUUGCUAACGAAAUAUUGACAACAUUUCCAUCAAACUAUUACAUUCAAUGGUUAAAUAGAGAGUUAAUAUUUUCAUUCUGGAACAAAAUAUUUUGGGGUGCAAAUAUUUCAUUAUUUAUCAUUCUACCAUUUGCCUAUUUCUAUUACGAAGCAGAGGGUAUUGAGAGAUCAUUUUUAUCUAGAAUCAAGGAUGCUCUUCUUGUACUCUCACUGGUAUCCGUCAUAUUUAUAGCAUGCGUCUACGUUGUAUAUAUUUUAUUUUUCGACUUUGAUCAAAACAUCAUCAAAGCCAUCUUUUCAGACUACCUACCUUUUUCCUAUUCACUCAUUUCCACUUCUGGAACUAUUUUUGUAUUGUUUUGCAUACCAAAAGGAUUUAAUACAUUGACAUCAAAAGGAAUUAGCCUUGCUAUUCCACAACCCAAAGAUCAAAUACAAGCUGCUCGGCUAGAAAUAUUAACUUUACAAGAAAAUUUACAAAACAGCCAACUAGAAACAAAAGAACAACAAAAUAUUCAAGAAAAGUUGAAAGAAUUGGAGAGAUUUAUAAAGAAAAGCGAAAAAAUGGCAAAGAGACCUGUUAUUUUAAAAUUUGCUGCAUUGAUGAUAACCAUCCUCAAUUUUGUAUUUAGCGGAUGGGUUGUUUUAAAGGUUUUUGUGAGUGUGGUCAAGAGAAUUUUUGACAAGAUUACAUAUUACUCUUGGACAAGUGCUGCAAGCGCUCGUGUCGAUAAUGUAUAUGAUUUUUUAGCAUAUUCUUCAAAGUUGGGCUCUUUUGAAUCAUUGUUUGAAACUGCCGUUAUUAUAUAUUUAAUGGUUUCAGCAUUUGUAGGAUUUUUUAAUAUAUUGGUUUUUGCAAAGAUCAGACCAAGUAUUGCAUCAACCUCGUUGAGAAAAUUGAUUAUCAAUACUGGAAUCAUUCUUUUAAUGAGUUCAUCAUUUCCAGUGGUUGUUCGUACAUUAGAGAUUAGUAGAUUCGAUUUAAUGGGCUAUUAUACACACACAAACUAUUUAAAUAGCGAGGCAUUCAAGUUGAUCUAUUGCAUCUCCUUUAUCACAGCACUCAUCCAAAAUUAUCUCCAGUUCCUAUCACCAAAAUCAAAAACUCCAUUCCAGUUUAUCAUCUCAAAGGCUUUUAAUUCACCUCCAUCACAUUCUGUUCAUUUUCAACCAUCCUUUUCUAUAACACCAGAUGAUCAACUACAGUUACAACCACAACAACCACAACAACAACAACAACAACACAAAUCCUUGAUGCCUCAAAAGAGAAAUAAUUAUCCAACCAGUAAUAAUUUACAACAACAUGUGGGUAGUAACAAUCUAAAUGUUAUUUCUUCAUCCCCAAAUGUCACAUCAACUAAAAAACAACAACAAGCUCCAUCACCUCGAAAGAAAAGAAAAUCAAAACCAGAUUAA